CCCCACAAAGAUGUGUGUGUGUGUGUGUGUGUGUGUCUCUGUCAAGACCGCCAAAAUCACCAUGAACCUGGGUGUUUUAUUUUGAAAUGUGCUUAAUUUUUGUAAAGUAUCCAGCUGCUCUGUGGUCUUCCUGUAUGUGAUUACCUGCCUAUCUUGACACAUACGCUCGCCUAUCGCGCAGUACAUAGAGGAGACGCCAAAUCUAUCGCUGCAGCGUGCGGGGCUGACGGACAGAUUGGAUAACAUGGACGCCGAAAUAAAAAUAGCUGCGCUACGCUGCUCAAGAGGACCAGAGUGAGACGUCCCAACAAACUGCGACCAGUGACGAGGACAAGGGGACAGGAACGCAGGCUUCUCCCUCCGUCAUCGAGAUUCACGACUCCAUGACCGAAUGCGAGGAAGACGCGGCGCCCAGCCCGGUGCAGAUGGAGGAGAAGGCUUUUAUAUCGAGGCUGCACGCGUUCAUGAAGGACAGAGGAACGCCCAUAGAAAGGAUCCCACAUCUGGGCUUCAAACAGAUUAAUCUUUGGAGGAUCUACAAAGCUGUUGAUAAACUAGGGGGCUAUGAUUCGGUGACCGCACGGCGUCUUUGGAAGAAAGUGUACGACGAGCUGGGAGGAAGUCCAGGCAGCACCAGCGCUGCUACGUGCACUCGCAGACACUACGAGAAGCUGGUGCUGCCCUUUGAACGACACCUAAAGGGGGAGGACGACAGGCCGCUGCCCCCGAGCAAACCGCGAAAGCCAUAUAAGAGGAAUUUGGAUGCCAAGGUCGCCAAGGCUGAGAGGAAGAGGAAGAGGACUCCGUCGGACAUGGAGAUGGAUUCAGAGAUGGAGAUUCUCAGCCAGAGAAGUCCGGAGGCUGCCUGCCAGAGUGAAGCGCCGAUGCAUCCUCACUCCGCUCUCUGGGCCGGCCCCUCUGACAGACUCCCCCCCGACUGCUCUCAGCCAAACCGAGUCGCCACCGCCGCCGCCGCCGCCGCCGCCGCCGCCCUUUGCACGUCCGUCUACGCCCACCUCGUCCCGGUCCCCGCGUCCAGUCCUUGGACCGCUCAUGUCCCGCCCGCUGUUCCCGGAGAGGUCAUCUCUCCCCUGGAGAAGAAGAAGCGAGUGGCUCAGGCGAGCCUGAACUUGCCGCCGAGUCCUCACGGCGAGGACCGAGAGCGGCCGUCCGUCAUCCACUGCUCCCAGUCUCCGGCGCGGGCUUCUUCCAGCCGAAACUGCAACUCCUCCGACAGCUCCCCGCUGCCUUCGUCCCCUUCGUCUUCCCGCAGCCCGUCCCCUUACUCGGUUUCAUCAGAGGACGGUCCGGAGGAGACGAAAGAUAAACCUGCGUCAGACUCUGAACUUUCCCAAAACUGCUCCAGUUCUGGGAAAAAUACAUCCAGCUGCAGCGAGGAACGCAAGUCUGCGAGCUGUAGUCACAAACCCAAAGACCCUGCGGGACAGAAUAACGACGUGCGCUCCCAAUCCGCAGAUUCCAUCGAAAUCCAGAUUAAAGGCCCCGCCUGGAUGCCAAUCCACAACGGGAGCGUCAAAUACCAUCCCUUCCACCCUUCCUCCUCCUUCGCGGUGAGAUCUGACUGGGCUCCAACAUCUACCUCUAGUUUCAGCAAAGUAGUUCCCAGAUCGGUGCAGCUUCUGCGGCCCGCUCCCAUUCGGCCGUCUUAUAAAACCCCCCAGGGCAGGCUGAUGCAGCAGGACGACUCUGUGGCUUGCGCGAAGAAGCUGAACAACAUGUCUACGUGGCUUUAUCAGACAGAGAAGAGGGAGAAAUCCAGGACAAUGCUACAAAAAGUUCCUUCCAUGCAGCAGCAGCAGAGUCUGGCCCACUCCGGCGCCAACCUGCCGACGUCGUGCGUCCUUCAGAGCUGCGACAAAUCCGGGAGAGACUUACGGCACCAGCCUUUCUUACACCCUGCUUUUAUCCCCAACAGAACGAGACUACCUCAGUCUCAGCUAGUGUACCGUCACGUCCCGAUGAGCCCGGCUCACUCUGCUCUCAUUGGGUCUGCCGUUUACCCCUAUCAGUACUCCAUUCCUCUGUUAAACCCCCAAACCUGCUACACCCUACCUGCCAUGCAUCCCAUUUACUCUCACAAGCUGUGAUUUCUUUUGCUUUUUAAUCUCCAGGACUUUCAUAAACACAAGAAGCAUCACAGUUGAGCUUUAAACUGAAGAAGGCAGACAUUGAUAUUUGUUGGUACACUUUUCUGUUUUUGUGAUUAAUGCCUACCGUACACUCUGAAAACACUGAAAAGACGUUGAAAAGAUUAAAGUGUGACACCAUCUCACAUCUAAAGAC